GGUGGGGAAGCCCCUGGAGCUAGGGGGCGAAUUGUGACAGCUUCCCCGAGCUGCAGGGAGGUCGUUCCCCUGUGGGGGUUGUGCGGCUGUUCACCGAGAAAAAUAACAUCACUGUUCCCGUUUCCUUCUGUGGGCAUCAAGCAUUUAAGCGCCUUGAUUUCUAGGCAUAGGUAACAUGGCAAAAGAUGAAUUCGGAAGUGCCUGAAGACGUGCAUGACACGAUCGCCGAAAUCAGCUCCUGUCGAUAAUUGUUUUAAAAAUUCUAAAUAAUGCCCUGAUCUAAAGGUUGAAUUUUUGAUGUUGUGUUGAAUGGCUGGACUAAUUGAAGCCAAUGGAGAACUUAAGGUUUUUAUAGACCAAAACCUUAGUCCUGGAAAAGGGGUUGUUUCAUUAGUGGCUGUUCAUCCUUCUACAGUAAAUACACUUGGAAAACAGCUCCUGCCAAAAACAUUUGGACAGUCUAAUGUCAACAUUGCACAGCAAGUGGUUAUUGGUACACCUCAGAGACCUUCAGCGCCAAAUACUAUCCUGGUAGGAAGUCCACAUACACCCAAUUCACACUUUGUAUCACAGAACCAGACUGCAGACUCUUCGCCUUGGUCUGCUGGGAAGCGCAACAAAAAAGGAGAGAAGAAUGGCAAGGGUUUGCGACACUUCUCUAUGAAGGUUUGUGAGAAGGUACAGAGAAAAGGAACCACCUCAUAUAAUGAGGUGGCAGAUGAGUUGGUUGCAGAGUUCAGUACCACUGAUAAUCACAUUUCACCAAAUGAAUCACAGGCUUAUGACCAGAAGAAUAUUAGACGACGUGUCUACGAUGCCUUAAAUGUCCUUAUGGCUAUGAACAUUAUCUCUAAGGAGAAGAAGGAGAUCAAAUGGAUUGGUUUACCUACUAACUCGGCUCAGGAAUGUCAGAAUUUAGAGGUGGAGAGACAGAGAAGACUUGAAAGAAUAAAGCAAAAACAGUCUCAGCUACAAGAACUUAUUCUACAGCAAAUUGCCUUCAAGAAUCUAGUUCAACGAAAUCGUCAAACAGAACAACAGGCAAACCGACCACCGCCGUCCAAUUCUGUCAUACAUCUGCCAUUUAUCAUUGUGAACACCAGCAAGAAGACCGUGAUCGAUUGUAGUAUUUCAAAUGACAAGUUUGAAUAUCUGUUUAAUUUUGACAAUACUUUUGAAAUUCAUGAUGAUAUAGAAGUACUAAAGCGAAUGGGAAUGGCUUGUGGGCUUGAAUCUGGAAGCUGUUCAGCAGAGGACCUAAAAAUUGCAAGGAGUUUGGUUCCUAAAGCUCUGGAACCAUAUGUGACAGAAAUGGCUCAGGGAUCAAUCAGCAGUGUAUAUGUAACAUCUUCAUCAGGUUCCACUUCAGAUGUCACUAGAUUUUCUGCCAGUGACUUCACCAAUGGUGGAGAUGGGAUGUUAGCGACAAGUUCCAAUGGAUCGCAGUACAGUGGCUCCAGAGUUGAAACACCAGUCUCUUAUGUUGGAGAUGAUGACGACGAGGAUGAUGACUUUAAUGAAAAUGACGAUGAUGACUGAUCCUUUUUGAUUGUAGACUUUUCAGGAAUAAAAUUGUUCUAGGGAGAAAACGCACUCAUGCGCGUGCGCUCUCUCUUGCGCUCUCUCUCUCUCUCUCUUUCGCAAAAUAUAUAUAUAUUUUGCCCCGUCCCACAAGGAAAAUAUUGGUAAGCAGUUCUGAGUUUAGAAAUUGCACCUCAGAUAAGCAAAUAAGGAUUGUUUUAUGUAGGAUAUUUUUAAAUGUGGUGUGGAUGUGUGUUUUGAUACCAGUGUGUUAAUGCAGAGCCUUUAUUAUUUGCUCCUUUUUUUUACUUGAAGGAAAAUGCAUUUUGCCCCAAAUGUUAUUGCUAAGUUUGCUAAAGAAAAUGUAGCCACAUCAAUGAAGAAAUAAAAUGCUAACGUUCGGUGGGAAAUGGAUACACUGAAUGGCCAUAAGUUUGGAGUGUAUUUUGAUGACAGCCUUUGUUGAGGGAUGGCAAGCUCAUGUAGUAGUUGUGGGGUUUUUUUGUUAAUCAUGCAGUGUCCAAAGAACCAAACGAGAUCCAUCUUACUUUUUUACAUGUUAAAUUCCAUAAAUGUUGUGAAUUUAUUUUCCCUUAAAUAAUAUCUAACAUGAUUCCAUCAAAGUUAUAUGCUGUUUUCACUGUAUGUUGGGACAUAUGAAUUACAAAGUUUUUGGCAAAUGUUUACUGCCAGCUGAUGCAGCUAUAUAAAAUGUCUUGAAGGUUUGGAAUGAGUUAUUGCUUAUGGUAAAAAUUGCCUGAUUUCUUACAGGCAGACUUUGGAAACUUUUUAUUAUAUAGUUGUUUACAUACUUAUAAGUCUAUCGUAUAAAGACAUGUACUGAAACAAAUGUUUGUAUUUGUUUCAUAAGCAUCUUCCUGUAAUCUAUUAUAAAGUUGAAAUUAAAUAUAGAGAAUGUUUUAAGUUUUUUAACUCAAAAUUGUCAAUCAUUUUUAAUAGUUCAUUUUUUAUAAAAGGAAUUUCAGGGCAGGUGGUAGUCUUUUAAAAUUUAUUCACAAAACAUUUAACUGCACAGAUACUGUCAGCUGCCUAUCUAAGACAAUAGUCUUUUUAUUGAAACACAAAUAAACUUUUCUGUAAUAUUUUAUGGAAUAUAAAGAGACUUUAAUUGUUUGACUUGUUUAACCUUGGCACUGUUAGUUUUUAUUAAUAAAACGCGCAUGGGCAUUUUUUAACAAA